AUGACGAACAGCUCUCCUGUAGCAACUACAUUUAUUGACGUUAAAGCAGUUUUCAACCAACUCUGGUUCGAAGGUUGUGUAGGUAAACUAAAAAGAAUGGGUAUACCGAUAGAUUAUCUGCGUUGGAUAUAUUCCUGGCUAACUGAUCGUAGAACUUAUGUUGAAAUUGGUGAUUAUGAACCAGCUGCUGGUGAUACAAACCAACAAGUUAAACCUGAUGAAGUUAAUACUGAAGAAGUUUUAGUUACACAAGAUGUUCAAGAUAUUAGUGAUGAUCAACAAAUUGAAUCGAAUGAACCAGCUCAAUAUCAACGAAAAUCCUCUUAUCACAGGAGAAGUCGAUCAGCAAAAAUUCGUCACAACAGAAAGCAUGCUCGACAACAGAAGAAACACCGAUUCGAUCAUCCAAUACGAAGAAAAUUCUAUUAUCGAUUCAAAUCAUUUAUGAUUCGUAAAACUCUUCGAUUGUACCAGAUACCAUUCGUCCACAUGAAGAAGGAUCGUGAUGAUGUGGUGGUGGGUUUACAAAACGAAGAUAUUCGACGACAAGCUGAUCAUGAUUUAGGAACAACCAUCUUUCAUCGUCGAAGUUUUUAUUAUUAUAAGAACAAAUACCAAUGGUAA